AUGCCGGCCGUCCACGAGUACCAAGCAAAGAUCGACAAGCAAACGCGCGAGAUUCAGCGCCUCAAGACCCAAGUCCAGCUCCUUUUGGAAAAAGGAAGCGACCAAACGUACGAGGACGCGGAUCCGGCCCAAGGGGUGGGCAGCCUCAUGCUGCCGACGUACCCCCAGCCCCCGUCGCUCGCGGCGAGUCCGACGGCGGCGCAGACGAUCCACAGUAUCUCGCGGAAAACCGACUCGACGUUAAGCUUCUUAGCCAUGCAGCCAUUGCCCAACAACGACGAGGACGACACUUAUGGUUAUGGCGACCACACUAAUGCCGCCAGUCCGUCUUAA